ACUCCCAACCCCGAAACACAGAAACCCAAAUUCCUGUGGGAAUUUCAUGCUAGGAUGGCCGAUCCCGGCUCAUCUCCAUCCCAAAAACCCCUGCAACCCCCCAACCCCAACGCAAUAGAACCUUCACCAACACCACCAGUAGCCACCCCAUCAAACUCAGCCUCAAACCCACCAAUCCCAUCUCCCCAAAUCUCAUCCCCGCCCCUCCCCCAAAACCAAAACCAACAGCAGCAGCUCAUCUCCCCCGCCGUCGGAUUGGACUACUCGCAGAAACCCAAUCCCCAAUCGCAGCCGUUGAUUCAGCAGCAGCAGCAGCAGCAGCAGAAUGUGAAUUUCCAGCUGCAGCAGCAGAACAUGCAGCGAUCCCCGUCCAUGUCGCGGCUGAACCAAAUUCAGCAGCAGAGCCAGACCCAGCAGCAUUUCGGCAUGAUGAGGAAUCAGCAGCAGGGGAGUUUGUACGGCCAGGUCAGUUUCGGAGGCGCCGGUGGCCUUCAGCAGCAGCAGCAGCAGCAAAUGGGGGGUGGCAACUUGUCUCGAGCUGCCCUGCUCAGCCAGAGUGGCCACCUGCCAAUGCUGUCUGGUGCUACUGCGCAGUUCAGUAUGCAGCCGCAGUUGUUGGCUUCGCCAAGACAAAAGAGCGGGUUAGUUCAAGGUACCCAAUUUAAUUCUCCUGGACAAUCUCUGCAAGGAACACAAGCAAUGGGUAUGGGGAUGAUGGGAUCAAUCAAUUUGACCUCACAACUAAGAGCUAACGGGGCCUUAUAUGCUCAAAGACUGAACCAGAACCAACUUAGACAGCAAUUAUCCCAGCAAAAUUCGCUCGCCUCUCCCCAGAACUUACCGAGAACAUCCUCACUUGCAUUUAUGAACCCUCAGCUAUCUGGGCUGGCUCAGAAUGGACAGCCAGCUAUGAUGCAGAAUUCUUUGUCACAACAGUGGUUGAAGCAAAUGCCAACAAUUUCAGGCCCUGCUUCACCUUCAUUCCGCCUUCAACAACAGAGGCAGGCUGCUAUCUUCCAGCAGCAACUGGCUUCAUCCACUCAGUUGCAUCAAAAGUCCUUGUCAAUGAACCAGCAACAGUUAUCCCAGAUUGUACAGCAACAGCAGCAGCAACAACAAAUGGGGCUUCCACAGCUGCAGCAUCAGCAACCACAACAACAACUGCAAAAACAGCAACAACAACAGGAACAGAAACAGCAACUGCUACAACAACAAUCACAGCAACAACAGCCUUUCAAUCAGCAGCAGCAGCAGCAUUCCCCAAGGAUGCCUGUGCCAGCUGGCCAGAAAUCUCUUAGUCUAACAGGAUCACAGCCUGACGCUACUGCCUCUGGUACAACCACGCCAGGAGGGAGUUCAAGCCAAGGAACAGAAGCAACCAACCAACUUCUUGGGAAGAGAAAGAUGCAAGAUUUAGUCUCACAGGUUGAUUCACAGGGAAGGUUGGAUUCUGAAGUUGAAGAUCUUCUCUUGGAGAUUGCUGAUGACUUCAUUGAUUCUGUGACUACAUUUGCAUGCAGUUUGGCAAAGCAUAGAAAAUCUACAACUGUAGAGUCCAAGGAUGUGUUGCUACACUUAGAGAAAAAUUGGCAUUUGACAAUUCCCGGAUUUUCAAGUGAAGAGAGGAAGUACCAAAACAAAUCUUUGUCGAGUGAUGUACAUAAGAAACGUUUAGAUAUGAUACGGACGCUGAUGGAAUCUUCGCAACUGGAAACUAGUUCCAAUAAUCCUAAGGAGGUGAUCAGAGGGUAUGGCAACCCUGUUGGUGCCAACCACUUAAUAAGACCAUCCCUUGGUUCAGAACAGUUGGUUUCCCAAGCAACUGGUUCUCAGAUGCUGCAGCAGAUAACUCGGUUUUAGUAUAUAUCAGUUAUCAGUUUUAACUUUUAAGUGCCUAGAUAUGUUGGUUGUUUGCGAAAUAGCAGGAGCAGUAUUUGGAUUGAUAAAAGCACAGAUCUGUAAAUUACUUGUGUAAGCAAUGAGAAUGAUUCAUAGGCCAGUGGAGAAGCAUAAGGCCGAAGUCGCAACAUAAUAUAGUUUUGGUUGGGUUGGGAUGUGUAAUCUAAUUGAUAACUUGUCAACCUUUUUUUCUCUUUUUGAAGCUUUUUUCCUUGGUUGUUAUUUGUAUGGUAAGAAACAAAGAAUUGGCUGGGCUGAUGGCAUUUUAUACUAGUUUAUUUAAUUUCUGGGGUGAAUGUGUAUACUAAUUUGCUCCGAGCCCAAGUUUAUCGAUUCUAAUAAGUGAAAAGCUUGAUUAAGUGAUUAAGUUUA